AUGCCCCCAAUUUAUCUCACACCCUCAUAUAUACUCUUCCACUAUCUACACACCACCACUUAUCUCCAACCACCAACUUCUCCAAAAAUGUCCGCCAACGAAGCAAUGGCCAAACGCUCAUUGCUAGCCGUAAUUGCUGAUGAGGACUCGGUUACAGGAUUGCUAUUGGCCGGUGUGGGCCAAGUUCUGAACGAGCCUGGAAAGGAAUCGAACUUUCUUACUGUGGUGCCAGGAAAGACGACCCAAGAAGAAGUGGAACAAGCCUUUGACCGGUUCACGGGCGAGCGCGACGAUGUGGCUAUCUUGUUGAUCAACCAACAUAUUGCGGAUUUGAUUCGUCCGCGGGUGGACUCAUACACCAAUGCGUUCCCUGCCAUUUUGGAGAUUCCAUCCAAGGACCAUCCUUAUGAUCCGGAGAAGGAUUCCAUUUUGAAGAAAGUUCGCAGAUUGUUUGGCGAGUAA